CAUCUAAAUUUGUAUAAAUACAAACAUUUUGUUUUGCGGCAGAUGUGACUCUUUUUUUUAGUGUUUUUGACUUGCAAGAUUUUCAUUUUAUCUACAAAAUAUGACAAUUAUUUACAAAGUGCAAGGAGAGUCCUCCCCCAGCUCUACCAAAAGUGUAAUCAGCAGCAUUUCAUCAAAGAACAUCAUUGCAUUUAGUGUUCUGGAAGAGUUGGAAGCUGGUAGCCAGAUUUUUGUUUGCGAUCUCAUUUCACCUUGGCAAUUGCAUAAUAUAACAAGCUCAAAAAAAGUUCUGAGAGCUUUGGAAUGGAAUAGCAAUGGAGAAUUUUUACUAGCGGUAUAUAAUAAUGGAAAUAUAGAGAUAUGGUCCGCAGACAAAGUUUUGAAUUCAUGGCAUCUGCAAUAUAAAGCAAAUAUUCCUGGUGAAGAUAUUAUAACUGGAAAGUUCUUCCAUAAUGGAAAAAGUAUAUAUUUUCAUUCACAAAAAAAGGACUUACCAACAUAUGCAGAUAAAUUUGAGCGCUUGGAGCAUCGACCAACCGUGGAGCAUUUCGGGAGUGCUCCAGCUGAAGGAGUGGUGAUAAUUACGGCUUCCGGAUUAGUAGGAUCUUUUAUAAUACCAAAUUCAAAGUACAGUGACUCAUUAUGUCCCGCCGUCGAAUUAAAACCUGUUACCCAGAGCUUGGGCCUAUCACGAUUUUAUAUAUCGCUUUGCAGCAUGUCUCAUUGCCCCAAUGGCCAUCUUAAUGUUGCCGUGAACUAUAGUUGCAGACCAAAAAUUAUUUAUUGCUUUAAAGUGGGAAUAAAUUUGGAUAAUGACAACUUAUUUAUAAAGUGCGAAGCACUUCCAAGCAUUUUUUUUAAUGCUACAAAUUACAAGCAAAUUUCACAAAUUGGUUGGAUCGCUUCGAAUAAGGAAGACGUUUUGUAUAUUGGAUAUAAUACGAUAGAUGGAAGUUUACUUGAGCAAUGGCAUCUAAGCAAAAAACAUCAGGCAGUACAUAAAUUACUUCAAAAAAAUAAAGGAGAUUUUGUUCAAAGUGAAACAUGGGAGAAUAUAGCAAAAGUGAAUUUUUUAGUUGGAAUUACUGGUAUUUGCAGCAGCAAACUAUUAACACAAAUGUCACAAAUAUAUGUCACAUUGAAGGAUAAUACGAUACAAAUUGUUGAACCUGGUAUGAAAAAGGUAGCAUUGACGAUUGCUGAUCGUUUAAUAACUGAUGAUCGUUGUAAUAAUAAUAAAUUUGUCUCUGCUGAUAUAACACAUAUGAAUCAAAUACUUGUACUCUUUGAUAACUGUGGUCAGAUGUAUGCCAUGCAAGUAACUAAUCCAAUGUCAGAUAAAAAUUAUAAACUAAACACAUUAUCUUUGCAAACUUCGCUUUUGGAAUAUUGUAUAAUUACAGGUGUCGAUGCAAGCGAUGUACUAAUGCUGAACCUAAAUAAUUUAGAUUUACUCAUUGAAAAACUAACGGAAAACUUUACAAAGCAGUCCACAAUAACACGACACUUUUACUAUUCAAAUUUCUUAUGUCUUAAGAGCAAUAUGUGUAGAAUACAAUCAAGACAACAAGAUUUCGAUAAUUUAAUAAUUUUACAUACCAUAUCUAUUACAUUUAAAAGUUUGCUAAGGCCGGCAGAUCUUAGCUGUCAAGACAAAGGACCUGGAGAUAAUUUAGCCAUGAUUUUGGCAGAUCCAUCUGCUGAUAUUGACAAAGUGCUGUUCAGUUUAGAUGGUAAAGAUUUUGCUGUUGAACCGUUAACAUUACAAAGUUUACAGCAACUGAUACAAUGGGUAUCUGAUCUAGCAUUAAAUAUUUUGAAAAAACUUCCUAAUGAAGUUAUAAAAGCAAAGAUGAGUAAAAAACAAGGUUAUGACAUAAGCAGAGACAGCGUAGCCAUAAGCAGUAUUAGAGAGUUAUUGGUAAUGACUCGGAUAUGGGGUUUGUUAAAUCCACAAUGCUUACCGACAUAUACUAAAUCAGUAGAAAAUAUUGAUGUUCUCGCAACUUUAUUCCGCCUUCUAACACGCCUUGGCCAAAAUACUGCUGAACCUGACGACUUUUUAUUAGAUGAAUGUAGCCUUUUAUCUACACAGGUUUUAAUUCCUCAAAAACAGUUUAGUAAUCCCGCAACGUUAUUAAAUAAUCACUUGUCGCUGUAUAAAUCGUAUCCGUUUAUCUUUCUGGCGUCGAUGGAACCCAGUUGGCUGAAGGAUAUCAACUACGAGGAAGUAGUGUUUGCUAGCGACACAAAAGAUGGUGUGAGUAAUCUACAUUUGGGUGCAAAAGCCAGCUCCCUCCGUCGUUGCAUCAGAUGUGGAUUAGUUAACAGUUUGCAAAACGUUACUAAGACUGCAGCAAUGAAAGCAUGGUGUCAACGAUGGUUAUACUGUCAUUGUGGAGGAUUUUGGAUAAAAGUAUAGAUAGGAGUAAAAAAUAGUACAUUUAUGAACUUCUAAUAAACGAUACCUUUUAUACCUUCUAAAAAUUUUUGUAAUGGACUUGAAGACUAUUAUUAUAAAUCUAAUUUUGAAGAUGGAUAAAAAUUAGAUUUAUUUAAUAAAUUUGGCUUUGUUAAGUAAAUAAAUAAAAAAAAUAUUGUCAAAUAUUUUUUUAUUUUGCUUUUUCUCGUUCAACUACUUAUACUUGGAUGUACCAUUAUUUUCCAUCUGUUACACAAUAAAUAUAAAUAAGAAUAUA